GCUCACCUGGGAGGUUAAAACAACUCGUCUCCAAUGAAUAUUUCAUGAGUAGACGACGAAGUGACAAUGUCCAGCUGUGCAUUUACAUUUUUACUGAUAUGCCGAAUUGCCUACCAAACUCUUUGGAACAAGAAGCAACUUUUAGUGGCAGAAUGAGUUUCGUUUCCCCACCAACCAUUCCGGAAACAUUUGCUGGCGCGGACGUUUUCGUUACCGGAGGUACUGGUUUCCUGGGAAAAGUCUUAAUCGAAAAACUUCUCAGGUCCUGUCCAGCGAUUGGACAUGUAUUUGUACUACUGCGAGAAAAAAAGGGAAGGUCAGCUGAGCAGCGAGUGAAAGAUUUUGUGCAAGUUCCUUUGUUCGACAAGCUACGAGAACUUCGUCCAAAUGAUUUACAAAAGUUAAUACGAAUAAGUGGCGACUGUUCGCUACUGCAAAUGGGGUUAAAUGACGAGAGUCGAAGACAAAUGGAAAAUGUACAGUUCAUAUUUCAUGUUGCGGCCAGUGUCCGAUUCGAUGAUCCGCUUGUGAAAGCAACCCUGCUAAAUACCCGAGGAACGCGAGAGAUUUUCCGCUGGGCAAAGACGCUGAAACAGCUGAGAGCCUUGGUGCAUAUCUCUACGACCUAUUGCAACCCGGAUAUUGUCAAUGUAGAAGAACGCAUCUAUCCUGCUAAAAUAGCUUGGCAGCAGGUGAUCAAGAUGGCUGAGUCUUUGGACUCAAACACGCUGGAAGCAAUGGCUUUAAAAUUAACCGACUUCGCGCCCAAUACGUACACGUUUACCAAGGGACUGGCCGAGCAAAUAUGCUUCGACUACAGUCGAGAGCUACCGGUGGUAAUAGUACGACCAUCGGUCAUCACCAACACCGAGAGGGAACCCGUCCCCGGAUGGAUUGAAAACUUCAACGGCCCCGUGGGGUUGAUGGUCGGCGUUGGAACUGGGCUCGUACGUACAGCUAAUGUUGGCUUAGAAAACCACCUAAACUGUAUUCCGGCAGACGUUUGUAUCAACGCGAUUAUGAUUGCUGCCUGGAAAAAGGCUAAUAGUCCGUCUGGACAGUUGUGCAUCUACAACUGUGCAGCUGAACCGCAUAAAACAGCUAACUACAGGUUUCUUAUAAAAGACGGAGAGUACGUUUGCCGUAGCACCCCGAUGAAUAAAAUGGUGUGGGCCCCCGGAGGGAAUCCUGCUAAUAAUGUUUACAUUUUUUAUAUUUUGUUUUUCCUAUAUCAAAUGCUGCCAGCAAUAUUCAUCGACCUGCUGCUGAAAAGCGUUGGUAAAAAACCAGUUUUGUUAAGAAUACAACGCAAAAUACUCGACGCACAUGUCUCAUUACACUACUUCAUGCAAAACGAUUGGACUUUUGUUACGGAGAACUUUCGACGACUCGCCACAGAUCUGCUGGAGAAAGACAGGGAGAAUUUCAAUACCAACUAUAUCUGUAACGGCCUUAUGUGUUACUACCAAACCUGUCUCCUGGGAGGUCGAAGAUAUUUACUAAAUGAACCGGAUGAAACAAUUCCAGCAGCGAAAAGACAGUAUGAACGUUAUGUGAUAAUACAUACAAUAUUAAAGCUUUCUUUGGUUAUAUUAGUAGGAUACCUUAUGUGGAAAAAGUAUGUUAAUAUGUUUGUUUUGGAAUGAAAAAGCUCUGUCAAUUUCAUUGUUCGCAAAAUCGUCGCACACAAAUUGAAGAGAAUUAGGUACAACUUAUUUUUACAAAACCUGUAACUAAAGUGAUGUAAGAAUCUAGGUUUCUACUUAUUAAAGUUCGUUAAAAAUAUUUAAGAAUCUUUAGAACUAUCACAAGGCAAUAAAAUUUCAUUAUCUGCAUAAUACACGUAUCUGAAUCUGCCUUCAUCUGUUUCAGAUAGUUUUCUGACAGUUUGGUCAUGCACACCAACUUCAGUAAUUAAGGGUUUUUUGUUAUUAAGUUGAUGGAAAAAUAUAUAAUUGUUGAAGUUACUCCGUACUAUAGAGAACAAACACCUAUUUAAAAUUAUAACAACAAUCUAGAAGAAUCACGCAAUU